UUUGGGGCUGGGGCUGGUGAUGCUAUUGCUGGGCCGACCUGCGGAGUUUGGGCCAAGGCCGAGGGAUGGCGAACGUGCGGGUGGCCGUGAGGGUGCGGCCACUCAGCAAGAGGGAGACCAAAGAAGGAGGAAGAAUUAUUGUGGAAGUUGAUGGCAAAGUGGCAAAAAUCACGAAUUUAAAGGUGGACAGCCGAUCAGAUGGCUUUGGUGACUCCCGGGAGAAGGUUGUGGCAUUCGGCUUUGAUUACUGCUACUGGUCUGUCAACCCAGAGGACCCCCACUAUGCAUCUCAGGAUGUGGUGUUCCAGGAUUUGGGGACUGAAGUCCUAUCUGGAGCUGCCAAAGGCUAUAACAUAUGCCUUCUUGCCUAUGGACAGACAGGCUCUGGGAAGACGUACACCAUGCUAGGGACCCCAGCCUCUAUUGGGCUGACACCACGAAUAUGUGAGGGUCUCUUCCUCAAAGAGGAAGACUGUGCCCCACUGCCUUCCUCCUGUAGGAUCAAAGUAAGUUUUCUGGAAAUUUAUAACGAACGAGUGCGGGAUCUGUUGAAGCCACCUGAUCAAAAAAAGUCCUAUUCCCUGCGGGUCAGGGAACACCCAGAGAUGGGGCCCUAUGUACAAGGUUUAUCUCAACAUGUAGUUACCAACUAUAAGCAAGUGAUUCAACUCUUGGAGGAGGGAAUAGCAAACAGAAUCACAGCAGCCACCCAUGUUCAUGAGGCCAGCAGCAGAUCCCAUGCCAUCUUCACUAUCCACUAUGCGCAGGCAAUCCUGGAGAACAACCUCCCCUCUGAAAUCGCUAGCAAGAUCAACCUUGUGGACCUAGCAGGCAGUGAAAGAGCGGACCCCAGUUACUGUAAGGACCGGAUUACCGAAGGAGCCAAUAUCAACAAGUCUCUCGUGACUCUAGGAAUUGUCAUCUCCACCUUAGCCCAGAACUCUCAAGUAUUCAGCAGCUGCCAGAGCCUCAACAGUGUAACCAGUGAUGGUGGUGACAGUGGGAUUCCUAGCUCUCCUGGGACCAGCGGCAGAGGGGGACCCUCCCGGAGGCAGUCUUACAUCCCCUACCGGGACUCCGUGUUGACCUGGCUGCUGAAGGACAGCCUCGGAGGCAACUCCAAAACCAUCAUGGUUGCCACCGUGUCUCCUGCACACACUAGCUACAGUGAGACCAUGAGCACACUGAGAUAUGCAUCCAAUGCCAAGAACAUCAUCAAUAAGCCACGGGUAAAUGAGGAUGCAAACAUAAAGCUGAUCAGAGAACUCAGAGAAGAGAUUAGAAGACUGAAAGCCAUGCUGCUGAGCUUCGAACUGGUUAGAUUUAGAUCCUGCAACCAAAUUGAUUAUAACAUUAAAAAUAAUGUUUACCACCUCCUGUCUCUGCAGAUAGACCAGCUGACUAAAGACUGGACCCGGAAGUGGAACGAGUGGAAGGCCCUCGUGGAGCAUUACAGAGUGGACAUCAACAGGAGGAGGGCUGGGGUGGUCAUUGACUCCAGCCUGCCACACUUGAUGGCCUUGGAGGAUGAUGUGCUCAGCACAGGUGUGGUGCUCUAUCACCUCAAGGAGGGGACAACAAAAAUUGGAAGGAUUGACUCAGACCAGGAACAGGAUAUUGUCCUGCAGGGUCAGUGGAUUGAGAGAGACCAUUGCACUAUCACCAGUGCCUGUGGGGUCGUCGUUCUGCGGCCUGCCCAGGGGGCCCGCUGCACAGUCAAUGGCCGGGAGGUCACUGCCUCCUGCCGUCUGACCCAAGGAGCAGUCAUAACCCUGGGGAAAGCUCAGAAGUUCCGAUUCAACCACCCGGCAGAGGCCGCUGUCCUUCGGCAGAGGAGGCAGGGUGGAGAGGCUGUUGGUGGCAGUGGCUCUUUGGAGUGGCUGGACUUGGACGGAGAUGUCACCGCCUCCAGGUUGGGUCUCUGUCCUUUGCUUUGGAAGAAAAGGAGAGUGCUGGGGGAGCAGAGUGACAAGGACCACCUGCCACCCAGGGCCCAGAUUCAGCAGCAGCGGUGCUACGUGGGGGAUUUGCGGCAGCGAAUCCUAGUGGGACAGAUUAGAGCCAAACAGGACCUGGAAUUCGACCACGCGCGUGUCAGCCGGCAGAUUAAAGACAACCAGCAGUGGCUGCUCAGAGAAGAGACCUGGCUGGCCAGCUUGCAGCAGCAGCAACAGCAAAACCGUGCAGCAGAGAAAGAACUUGAGGCCUCUGUGACAACCGAUGCUUGGCUUCAGACAGAUCCUGAGACUCAGCCAUCCCCACUGGUCCGAAGUCAGAAGAGGGUGGUGCGACUGCAGCUCCUGCGGAGACGCGCUCUUCGGGCAGCAGAGAGGAACAUCCGGUGGAAAAGGGUCUCAUUCCAGCGAGAGAGAAUCAUCAAGAAGCAGAGGCUGCUGGAGGCCCAGAAGAGACUGGAGCAGCUCAAGGCAUUGUGCUGGCUCCAGGAUGACCGGCCCCAGAAACCCCCACACCAGGUCCUCAGCCCCGAUGCUGUGGUCCCAGGGCCUCAAUGUAGAAGUGAAUCGACAAGUUGCAGCUCUUUGAGCCUCCAAAGGCUCUGCCUCCGGUACUUGCCCCAGCUACACAGUGUUUUCCUGAGUCAGGAGAUCUCCAACACAUUACCUCCUGUGCCUGACUCAACUGAUCAAACAUCAGAGAAAACCCCAUCAGAAGAAUAUUCACCCCCAUCUGCUUCUUACCCUCCAAGGACAGGGAGUUUCAGCAAGAAUACCCUCCGUUCCUCCGGCGAGGGCCAGCUGUGCACAGCCAGGGCAGCCUUGGCCAGAUGGGGAGCCUCGGCCCCAGGCACCUGCCGCACCAUGAGCUCCAAGUCUGCCAGCAUACAGGAAAUGGAAAGAGCGGGUGAGCGGCUCCGUCGGAUGGUAUCCCAGAGCUUAGCAUCUCUGGGCCAACCAGCUAACAAGCUGCAGCCAAGGGACGAGCCAGAGGCCCUCACCCCUUCCACGCAGACCAGAAGGGCUAAGGGAUUAGCAGACUCUGGCCACGUACCAGCAGAAUGGCGAAAAAGGGAACUUGGGACCCACAAAGCUGCUAAAGGAGCCGGUUGUAGUUUCUCACAUCCCCGUGGACCCAAACAGGCAGCUGAGCGUGGAAAGGCAGCCAAGACUUUGGGGGCAGAAUCCAAAGCACCUUCUCCAAGCAGGGCAUCAACAGGACAGCAGAGGGUGCUGGCAGCUAGGGUCAGAGAGGUUAUCAAAAAGUCCUCUCGCAUGUCUCCUGGCAGCCAUUUGAAGAGGCAACACAGUGCAGGGGACCCAGACACCAUGGCCUCACUCACAGAUUCCAGCCCCGUAGUGGAUCACACAAGAGAAAAAGAUGGUGAUUUAUCUGAUGCAGAUAGCAGUUACUCAGUGGAUUCUCUCUCCUGUGUCCAUGCCAAAGCCCGGAUGGAGACGCUGAAGCCAGAGGACCCCCAGGGGAAGGAGCAGGACCUCCCAGAGCCAGAAAACUCUGAAAGUGACUGCAGCCAAAUAUCUGAAGACUCACUGUCUGAGAAGGGGUACCAAAGCCCACAGGACAACCCAGGGGACAGUUAUCUUCCCAACGGCCACGGCCACCUCAGGGCCAGAGCUAGAGACUCAGGGAGGGGCUUCAUCUCAUCCUCAGACUGUGGACUUGUUGCCCAAGCUCACAGGAGCUUCUCGCUGGAUAGCCUGAUUGACGCUGAGGAAGAACUGGGGGAAGAGCAGCAAGAAGAACCUUUCUUCGGUUCAGCUGACGAGAUGCCCACAGAGACUUUCUGGCACCUGCAGACCUCCAGUCUGCCCGUGGUGGGCCAGGAGGCAAUGUGCAGUCUUGGUCCCACCAACCAGAGAACAGGAGUCAGGCUGGAUGCCAUCCUGCCAAUGAGCAGUUCAUUUUACCUGGAUGCACAGUCCCAGCCCCCCUGUGAGCAGCCUGAGUCAGAGGUGGAGGCAACCUCCUCAGAACAAGUCAACACUCUCCAAGGCAUGCAGGUUCCAGGACGGAGCCCCCUGUUGUCCUUGGAUUCCUGGUUUUCCUGUGACUCCAAGAUCAAUCCCAGCAGUCCUGCAGGAAUAGCGAGUUCUUUAUGUCCAAGUCCUGAUGUCCAGGAAUUUCAGCCCUGUGGUUGGGAGAGGCCUGGAGACUGGCCAAAUAUGGAAGAAGUAAAGCCAUCAUGUACAGAAGCAGUCCUGCCUUUCAGCUCCAAAUUGCCCCCAGGCGGUGCUGAGCUGCCCUACAGUGUAAAAGCUGUGUAUACCAUCCCUGCUUCUGACACAUCUAAGCUGUCACUCUGGGGGUCUUACAGGCUUCUUCAGCAAGGAACUGAUGGCACCUUUCAGGCCAGAGGUGUCUCUGACACGGUCCAGCAGGGCAACUCUGAAGCAUCCAACAAUUCUAGCGUGUCAAGCGUGCUGGCUCCCUCUGCCGCCUCAUUUACUCAUGUAGGCAGUGCUCAUGAGAAGGACUGGGCUGCCCCUCAGCAAAAGUACCUGUUUGAACUAGCACAUCCUGUUUUAGAGGCCGUGGGAGAGGCCAGGCCAGCUUUCACCUCCCUUGAGGAAGACUCUUGUUCCCUGGCCCAGGUGCCUGGCCAGCGACGAGAUACUCUAUUGGCAGUUGCCUCUGGGGCAUCUAGCAGUCUGGAUUUCAACAACUUCCCUAUCCAUCUACCCAAACUUAGGCGUUUGAGAGCAGAGAAAGAACAGGACAGUUUGAGUGUCAGAUUAGAAGGUACUUCAGAUUUCUUUACAGCUAGUGAGAAAGAGGUGAGUUACACUGGAAAUUACUCAGCAGACAUAGAAUCAUUGACUUCUGGGACUACGAAUGCACAGGUCUUUGCUUCAGAGAACAAGAUAGAAGAUUCCAUGAGAGAAGCAUGUGAAAUCCAACAGAACGACUUUGAGGAGUCCUCUCAGAGUAGCAGGGAGCCUGGCUUAAUGACUGCCUCUGAUGAAAAUUUCUUCCUGAAGAACCCUUGUCAGAGUAAUGUCACCAUAGCCACCAAAGAAGACCACUGGCCCCAAGGCUGGGCUCCUCUUGGGAAGAGUAGUGCAGGCCAAGCGGGGCAAUUAAGUCACAUCAGCCACCACCCCCUCCAGGAAGAUAAGGCAGACUACCAGGAGAGCUCCAAGAACAUGGUCGGAAGACACACCAAUCUUUCCUUUGCCUUUCCAUUAGGUCCAGAGCUAUACCUCCACUCUGCUCCCUGGGAUCCAUUUCCACCUUCCUUGCAGCCACCUCUCUUGGAAACAGUCUAUGUGACCAAAAGCCGGGAUGCCCUGACAGAAACUGCCUUAGAGAUCCCGGCUUGCAGGGAAGCGAGAGUGCCUUCCCCACCCCCCAGGGAAGCCUGGGGCUUUGGUCAUGAGUACCAAGUUCUCCAAAAUGUUUAUGUGAAGAAGAAUGUGCCAGCGCUGUUACUAAAACAGAAUUCCAAGAUGGCCUCCUCUGAGCAGGUCACAGCAGAGAGGCCAGUUGGUCUGAACACCCAGGAAGGUAGUGGAGAAAUAGGGAAAUGCCCUGGAAAUGUUCAAGAAGAAAGUCAUCAUUCCGUUUAUUUUUUUGUUGCUCAGAACAGACAUGUUCUUACAUCUACCAGCAAAAAAGUAUGCGAAUUGGAAAAUCAAGUUGGAAAUUUAAACACAAACAGUCUUCCAGCACUCAGAGAGGGAGAAAAGGCCACUGUACAGUCCUAUUGCAGUGUCUCGUCAGACAGUUCUGGGCCUAGGAAGCCUCUCCUCGUUAGGGAAUCUGAGACCGCCGGGGAAGAAAAGCAGGAUCCGAAUGCAGUCCUCAGACAGACCCGCGCCCUUGACAGUAACAGACAGCUCCCUUCUGGGGCCAGGUCUGAUUUCAUCUGUGAAACCAUCAGUUUAGGCCCUGACAGGGACACGCUGGGGGAAACUCCUCUUUCUUUGAAGUCUAGAUCAAUACAUCGUAGAGUAAGCAGCCCAGAGAUAAUGGCCCAGGAUGAGAGUCCAACCCACAAGGGGGAAGGGAAGAAUGAAACUGGGCUUCCUGGAAAAUCUCUCCAUCCCAAAGACAGCUUGGAAGAGUUUAAGCUUUCAUGGACAGAGGCCGCACAUGACAGAUUCCAGUCAGUUACACGCUCUCAGGAAAGAAACCUCAGUGAAUGCAAGGGCCCUGGAAAGUCACAAGAAACACCAAAUCCCAAAGAACUACCUGCUGGAAAUAAAAAGAAUAAAAGAGUUCAUAAUGCUGAUGAAAUGGCGAAGCUAAUUAAGAGUGUAAUGCAGCUGGAAAAUGGUAUCUUAGAAAUCGAAUCCAAGCAGAAUAAGCAUUUAUAUGCUUCCCACAUACUGGGAGUCAGUGAUAAGUUUGUGUUCCAGGACCAGAAUGACCAGGAGAUGGCUGACCAUGUCCUGAGGCCAGGCAGCUCUAAAAACCACUUGUCUUUCAAGGAUCAGCCAUCUCCAAAGCAGACAGAUGAUGCUAUCUUUAGUGAUGGUGAAGCUGGAGAAAUGGAGGUUAACAGUAGCAUUGGGAAAGAUUCCCAGGCCCAGAAAAUUACCCUGAGCCCCUUCAAGUCAAGGGAAUGGGUACAAGACCUUAAAUUUGCGAGAGAACACACCCACCCAGCUGUACUAGACACACCCGCCAGGGACGUUUGUGAUUAUUUAGGGACAUGUACAGCUCCCAAAGAGCCCACCAACACUUCUGUUAAUCCAAGGAGAACGAAAGCAUUGUCAAGAGCUGUGCCCGAGAGGUCUUCUGAGAAGGAGGGCAAGUUGGUGCAUGCAUCAGCAAGACCCAGAGGGCAGCCCUGUGGCUUGGGAGGUCUUGAGGAACCGGAGACUGUGACAGGCUUUCAGGACAGCCAAGUUGCCAAAACCGUAAGUAGUUCUAAGCAAGAGGAGCCAAAAGCUCAAGGCAGAGUUAAAGAAAUGACUACGCAAAUAGGAGAGAGCCUGCAGGAGGAAUACAAAAUGGCCUCAAUGACCGAGAAACUUCUCAGUCCAAACCAGCAUUGUAUUGGCACAUUUUUCAGCCAGGAGACCAGCCCAUGGCUGAGCCGGCCAGACCCCUCUACGGCCCCUCACCGAGACCUGAGUAACACCUUAUACUUGAAUUCCCCAAGGCUGCCAAGAAGCUAUCUGCAUGCAUCCGACGCUAUAGGCAUCUCUUCAGUUGACUAUGUGCUGGAUCCUACAGUGUUGAAAAUGCCUGACAGUCCCUGGGUACCUGAAGCAGGAUAUCAGGGCCGGUGCGGAGAGCCCAGAAGCCACAGCCCUCAGGGAAACGUUAGAAGUGGCUCCUCCGUGGCACGUGCUGCUGGGUAUGGGUCUGCGGUCUCCAUGGCUGUAGUAUCUCAGGGCCAAUCCAGUGCACAAGAGAGCAUGCCCCUGGGUGCUGAGGGCAGGAGAUCAGCAAGCACCAGCCCCCAAUACCAAGGAGAGAGCCCCAGCAACACCUUACUGUGCCUGAGUACCGAGGCAGCUGUACAAAGAGGAACAACAAGAGCCGGUUCCCUGAACAGGGUCUCGAGCCCACUUGAAAAGAGGGCCAGCUGUCCCUUGGAAGAAGGUAAUGACCAAGGCAGGGAGGUGACGCAGAAGGCAGAGAAGGAGGCCGAGGACCUCAGUGCUACCAGUGCUGCUUUCUCAGCGCUUGUGUCUCUGCCAAGGGUGCCACACCUGGAACCCUCUGCCCAUACAUCCACGGGCCUGGCCGUGUUGGAGGAGAUGAGACAGGCAAAGGCCCAGGGAAAGCAGCUUCAUGACCUGCUGGCUGGGGGCACAGUCCUUCCUUACUAUGAGACGCUAUUAGAACCUGAAUGUUCUUCGACGGCCCCUCGCAGGCCUCAGUGUCUACAAACGGACCAGCCAGUGUCAGACAGGACCAGGAAUGGGGACGAUGCACAGGGAUUUCACAUGUCAUCUCCCUCUGCGGAACCAGGACAUGCGUGGACUGAUAAGAGGAAAGUCCUUCAGGCCACAGCCCUCUCUACAGAUAGCUUUCAACCUCUGUCCAACACUGAAAUCAACAGAGGGCCAUGGCCACCUUCCCAGACUUCCUCCCAUGCUGACCCUGCUCUGGGCAAAAGCCAUUGUUCUGGAGAACUGAGGCAUUACCUGGGAGCAGGUGAAGAGUUUGUAUGUCACUCUAGCCCUUUUGAAAUCAUAGAGAGAAAGAUAGAGACAACUAGCAUACCUUCUGCUGAUCUUUUGGGCUCGGACAGCCUUCCUUCUUCAGCAGCUGCAGAGGAGGACAGGAGGGUAAUGCCAGAGAAAGAAACGGCUGCCUUAUCUUCUCAGGACCCCUCUGAUGACCCUGGAGUGCGUCGGCGUGGGCAAAGCCAGUUAGCUCCCUGGGAGACUGCAGAGGGCAGGCCCCCUGGCACUCAGGAGAGCAGCCUGGCACACCCAGAACCAAGAACUCUGGAUACCACAUGUGGAGGAGGUUCGGGUAACUUCUUAGUGGCUGCACAGGAAGGGAAAACAGCCUGUUUUGAAAGUCAGGUUGUGAUCUGUGCUGUUCAGAAUUCUGCCAGUCUCUCCGAGCCUAACCAAGACCACAUCCAAGGCCUCAAGGCUUCCAAUGUCUUAGAAGAAGGGAGGGCAAGUCCCAAACAAGGUACCAUCCUGCUCGGAGCCCUGACAAGGGUUGAACUGGAGGCUCCAGCACAGCAGUGUGUGAGGUGGAACGGGAGUGUGGGCUCUGGGCCGGCAGGAGCCUGCAGGGCUGGCAGCAAACAUCCCAGACCAGCUCCAUUGCCAGAUCAAAGGCCUAUCCCAGAUCCUGGGGGAGUUAGGGAGGAGGCCUCAUGCAGAUGCCCACAGGAAACUUCAGACCGUGUUGCCUUCUCAGGGAGCACUGAAGGUAAAAGGACUCUCAGCCUAUCUGGGGGCCAAGAAGACAGCAGAGCUCUUCCUUGCCGACAACUCUGCAACCCUCAACCCAUUGCUUCUCAGGCCUGCUCCCCACCUUCCUCCACUCUACUGUGUUACAGAAAUGGUGACCUGGAGAAGGGGACUUCUGAGGCUACCCCACAGCCUCUCCAACCCCCCUGCAUAGUAUCUGCCAGGGCCUGUGGCAUGGAUGAGAGGGGAGAGAGCUAUUCCAGGAAACCUGAUGUGCUCUUGGCACGCGGCCUUGAGCCUAAAGGCAUUCAUGUGAAAUUUGAGCCAAUAGACAGCGGCACUCUGGAGUCCUUUGUUGCCGCUGCUGUCCUAUCCCUGGCUCAAGGGUGUAGCUCCCCUGCUGCCCCCGAUGCGAGGACAAGUUUCCUCAGUCACUCUGUUGCUGAUGGAAGCUCAAGGUCAGUAAGGGAUCCUGAGAAAAUGGUUGCCGAGGAGAAAGCCAGCACUGAGCUUGAGGCUGCCCCUGUCCCUCCCGGUGUGCACCCUGAGCCACUGAGGAAGUUUCAGGACAGCUCACUAGGUGGCCAGAAUGCACAGGAGCCUCAAACCAAACCAGAACUACCUGUAACAAUCGGGAGACCACACACCCUGAAUUUAAGUGAAGAGUCUGUUGAGACUGAACUGCUGGUGGAACCACAGAAUGGAUGUUUAGGAAAUGCCAUCCGAUGCUUUCCAGAAAAGGCACAACUUUCCACCGAGUCCAGGGAUCACAGUGGCUUAGAUCCCCAAGCCAAGCUCAUAGCAAAGUUAAAGCAUAGCUCCAAUCCCCAGGUUGACAGGCCCUGGGAGGAGGAACAGAAGCAGAGAGAGCAGGUUUCAGGUGGUGGUGAAGACCCAGCCCAGGUCAGGUGUCCCCCACGUUCCAAUGAGGGUGGCUUGGACGGCUGUCAGAUUAGAGAUGCAAGCAGAGAGGAGGGGGAUGCAGCCAGGGCCCCUGUGUCCAGGACGUUCUCAUCCGGCUUUGAAGACCCUGUCGCUGUGCCCUUGGGGCCCACGGCCCGGAGCCCUGGCCAGCCUUUUCCUGGCAGUGAGCAGUCGGCUCCCCACCACAGACGCUCACUUCCUGUGAUUGCGAUCUUCUCCGGCCCCCAAAACUCCAGGUCCUCCCCCAAACCACAGUUCUCUGUGGUCAGCUCUUCCAGGUCUCUUCAGGAGCUGAACUUGAGUGUGGAGCCUCCUUCCCCCACAGAUGAAGAGACACAGGAGCCUAACAAAUUGUGGAACCCACGUCCUAGGGGCCAUUCCUCAGGGAAGUCAACGGCAGGAGCGUCUCCGAAAGCUGAGGACUGCCAUCAGGAAGCCUCGUUUAACCGGGACAGCAGCACUGCUGAUCACAAGCCCUUUCAAUCUGCCAGCCCUCCUUACCCAACAUCUUCAGCUCCCUCGUGCAUGCCAACCCCUGAUUUCAUGAGCAGCUGGCUACACGGUACCCUGCAACAGGCCUGGCAGGGAAAGCCAAGGAGUCCAGGUGGCCAGGCCAGCCCAGAGAAGCAGCUCUCUGAGGCAGAUGAAGGACUAUUGCACUUCGGCUCCAGUGACCUCAAUCCCAGUGUCCUGCCCUGGCAUCCAGAGGGUCGUGCACACAUCGGCUGGAAGCAGUAUGUGUUUGGCAGUGCAGUUGAUGUCUCCUGCAGCCAGACAUCCCAGGGCCUUGGACCAUCCAAUAUGGCCCGGUGCUCCAGCGUGGACCACGGCCUAGGAGACCGGAACAGCCCAUUCCACUCCCACCUCAGCACCUGCGCCAGGGCCCAGGGCCUGUCGAGCCCACAUAGCAGCACUGAAAAUGUCCAAGGUUCACAUGAGGCCUGGAAAGUAUGGGGUUCCUCGCCUGCCUUGGGGAACCCCCACGUCCUGACCGGUCCUGAAGGAGCAGUUUCCACUAGGAGUCCUGACAGAGCCCAGUUCCCAGGCACCCCUGAUGAAGCAGGCUCUCUGAGGCGUGAGCCCCCCUGGGCUGAUGGAAGUGCUGCAGGUCCAGUGGAUGAGAUCAUGCUGCUCUACCCAUCAGAGGAGGGCGGCCCUGUGGGACAGCCCAGGAUGAACACCUUGGAGCAGGGCACACAGACGCUGGGCUGCAGGCGCCGCUGGAGCCACACCGACGUCUCGUCUGCUGAGCUGGACGCCAGCGCAGCACCACCCUCUGAUCUGGUCUCCUGGACCAGCAUGCACAACCUGUCUGUACACCUCUCGCAGCUCCUGAACAGUACCUCAGAGCUGUUGGGGAGUCUCUCCCAGCCGAGUGUGGUUGAAAAGGAGCAGAACGCCAAGAGGGAGACCCCCGAUGAGGCGGCCCGGGCCCUGAGGACAGAUGGCUGUACUCAGACCACCGUGGAUGAGGGCAUCCAGACUGACCUGGCCCCGCCACCUCUGCACCUCCAGGCCCCAGAGGCCAGCCCUCGGGAGAGCAACAUGGUGCUUGAAGUGCUGGGUUCAGAUAUCGCCAUAUCUCAAGAAAAGGGAUGUGUCCCAGGGCCACCUGAGAAGAUAGAGGCAGAGGAAACAGCAUGGGAAACAGCAGGACCUCCAGAUCUUCAGGAAGAAAGCACCCACAGCAGGCCCCUGAGCCCUCCAGUAUCUUCCUCCCACUUGUUUCAGAAGGCCCCUUCUGGGCAGAAGCUCCCUCCUGUGAGCCCUCAGGCUUCUGAUGCCUCCCUGCCCGCUGGCUCCCAACCUGAGGAGUCCUGCCUGGCUGGCAGCAGCCCCGGCCUCAACACCUCUCACUCCCCAGGGCCCUGCCCCGGUGCUGUGGAGUCUAUGGGCGAGCAUAGGGCCCAGAAGCAGCUGGGCCCCACGAGGGCCUUGUUGGUAGACAGGGCCUCCUCCCCAAUCCUCAUCGUCAAUGCUAGCACUCAACGAGCAGGGCUCCCCCUAGGCCCUCUGCUUCUCUCAGCCCCCUCAGCUCGACUGCUUGAAGGCCACCAGAAGCUUGUCUCCAGUCCAGACCUUCCCCUCGAUGCCCCCAGGCCUCCAGCGAGUAAUUCUUCUCAAACCACCAAUGAGUCAGGUGGCCCCCAGAGAGUGGGGGCUCCAUGUAGAGAAGGCAGAAGUCCCUCAGAAAGGAGUGACAGCAGGUCCUUCCUUGAGGUAACCUCCCCACGCAGCCUGCAGCAGAGCCCGGAACUCCAAGUUCGUUUCUUCGAGCAGCCCUGUCAGCGGCUUCAUCCCCGCCCCACCGCCUGGGUCCAGAGCAGACUGCUGCCUCUCCCACUGAGGAGCAGGAGCCAGAGGCCAGCUGAUGGCUUCGUCCCUGAGGACAUGGCUUCCCUGAAGUGUGGCCCACUGAGCAUGAGGAGGCUGAGCCGAUGGAAGAGCAGGCCAGAAAAAGUGGGUGAGAGUCCAGCGUCUCCAGUGGAGCCACAACCUGCUCUGGACGUGGCGUCUUCACUGGGAGGCCUCCAGCACCUCGGCCCCUGCCCUAUCCCUGGGUUGGCUGAUGAUGAUCACACAGGGCUCCAGGGUCCUACCUUGGGCCCAGCUGACGCCUGCCGACCUCAGGGGCUGCUGCGCCCCAGUUCUCAAAAAUGCCUGGCUCCUGAGUCCCAGCACCACAGCCUGAGCGACCUCCCAGUGCACAACAAAUUUAGUGACUGGUGUGGGGUUCACAAUGGCUCUCCUGGGGGGCUAGGUGUGGUGGAGCUGCUGGGGUCCAGACGUGAUCUCAGCUCCAGCGAGGAGGGACCAAGGCCCCCACAGCCUCCUGACGACCAGAGCCGGGAUCCUGAGUGCUCCCGGAGGGAGCAGAUCCCUCUGCAAGUUGGGACCCAGAACCUCUCACUCAGUGUGGAACUCACCGAAGCGAAAUUGCACCGCGGCUUUGGGGAGUCAGAUGCCCUGCUCCAGGUGCUGCAGAGCGGGACAGGGGAGGCACUCGUUGCCGACACACCAGGGCCUUCCACCUGGGAGGAGCUCUAUGCCCGGCAAAAACAAACCAUUGAGACCCUCCGGAGACAGCGGGCUGAGCGCCUUCAGAACUUCCGCCGGACACGAAGCCUCAGCCCCCAGAAACAACUGAGCCUCCUGCCUAACAGGGAUCUCCCCACUCGUGACCUUGACUUACCUAGCAGGCGCCGAGAGUACCUGCAGCAACUGAGGAAGGAUGUUGUGGAGACCACCAGGAGCCCAGGGUUGGUAUCAAGAUCUGCUCACCCACCAUCUGACAUAGAGCUGAUGCUACGAGAAUACCAGCGGGCCCGCGAGGAGGCCAAGGUGGAGAUUGCCCAGGCCCGGGACCGACUGCGAGAGCGGACUGAGCAGGAGAAGCUGAGAAUCCGGCAGCAGAUCCUCUGCCAGCUGCUGAGGGAAGAGGAAAAACUACACACUCUGGGCACCUCCAGCUCCCUGUGCACCAGUUCCAAUGGAAGCCUGUCCUCUGCUGUCACCUCUGGCUACAACAGCAGCCCAGCCUUGUCAGGCCAGCUCCAGUCCCCAGACAGUGUGGGGGACACAAACUUGCUUGAUUCUGGCGACUCCUGGAUAGGGGAUGUGCGGGGCCGCUCUGCAGUGAGGAAUAGUCACCUGAAUCUGGCCGGGUCUGCCUGGAAGAGCUUAGCCCACAGCCGCAGAGCCUCCCUGGGCAGUUGCUGCUGUUCGCCGUCCAGCCUGUCCAGCCUGGGGACCAGCUUCUCCUCCUCCUCCUACCAGGAUCUGGCCAGGCACAUCGUGGACAUAUCUGUGACUGACGUGAUGGCCGCUUGCUCAGAUGAUCUGCACAACCUCUUCAGCCGCCAGGCAGCAGCCGGCUGGAACUAUCAAGGUGAGGAGCAGGCAGUGCAGCUCUACUACAAAAUGUUCUCUUCUACCCGGCACGGCUUCCUGGGGGCCGGUGUGCUGUCCCAGCCGCUCUCUCACGUGUGGGCAGCUGUGAGUGACCCCACCCUGUGGCCCCUGUACCACAAGCCCAUUCAGACAGUGAGGCUGCAUCAGCGGGUGACUAACAGCAUCAACCUGGUGUACUUGGUGUGCAAUCCCGCCGUGUGUGCACUGAAGCAGCCGCGGGAUUUCUGUUGUGUCUGCGUGGAAGCCAAAGAGGGGCACCUGUCUAUCAUGGCAGCUCAGUCUGUAUAUGACACAUCCAUGCCGAGACCCAGCAGAGAGAUGGUCCGAGGGGAGAUCCUUCCCAGUGCCUGGAUCCUGCAGCCCCUCACCGUGGAAGGGAAGGAGACCACCAGAGUCAUCUACUUGGCCCAGGUAGAACUUGGUGCUCCUGGUUUCCCCCCUCAGCUCCUAAGCUCCUUCAUCAAACAGCAGCCGCUGGUUAUAGCCAGACUGGCUUCCUUCCUCGGUAGUUAGCAUCUUGCUGUCAAGAUGGUGCUGCUGAGAUGCAGGCCCAGGACGCUCCAGAGACACCGGGGCAGCUCUUGUUACUCUCCACCCUGAUACAAGAAGAGCCGACCGAGGCUACCUGCUGUGCCCGACUGGGCCGACAGUACUCGGCUUCGAGUUGCCAGCAAGCCCAGUCAGUACUUGGUCACAGCUGGCGUCUGUGCACGGCGAGGGGGCCUGAGCUUGUGGCCGUCCCGAGCAAAUGAAGCUCAACUCACCUCCUUGAACUUCUCACCUUUCUUUCCUGUUUCUGGGACCAUGUGGCGGCCAAGCUGCUUGAGGACCAGGACUGGGCACAGCCAGCGGAGCAGGGAGCCUGCAGGGCUCGGCAUGGCGCUUGCUUAGCUGGUAGGGAGGCAGCCAUUGGCUAAGACUGCUACGAAUCGGCCCCUAGCAUUCAGUCCCACCAUGGGGUGGGCUGUUAGAAAAUACCCAGCAGAAAGCUGGUUUAAAAAACUGCUGCACAAACCAGAACACAGAUUCGGAAUCGUUUCUCCUUUAAGUUUUACCACUUUAUUAUUAAUUUUUCCUUUCCCUCACAGGAGAGGACAUUUGGGUCUUUGCCUCAGCCAGGAGUACUGAGCAGAGCUCGGUAGAAUGAGAAGACCACUGUAGAAGCAGGUUGGACAGACCUGAGUUCAGGCUGGGGCCUAGCUCUUUAAGGGAGGAUGGGGGACUUAGAAGGUGGGCAACCAGACGCUGGCUGCUGACAAGAGGAAUUUCAGAGAUGACAACCCGUCCUUUGAAGACCAGCGAGAAAGUAAUGAACUCCUAGGGGAGGUAAGUGAUUUGUUAGGAUGAAGCCCAGUUCCAUUCCUUACCUCAGAGCCUUGGUCCCAGCCUUCAGUGGUCUGUGAGCACGCCACGCUGCUGCAGUAGCCCAGCUAUUCUAGGACGGAUGGUUUUCUUUUACCUUAGCCUGGCUGAGGGUGUGCGCGCUUUGCAUAUUCUGCAUGGUUAGCUGGAAGUGGUAGGGGUGGGAGACUCCCAGCCUCAGUUCUGGUGCCCAGAAUCUUUGUGGAAGAAGACGACCAUAUGGGGAUCAAGAUGUGGCAAAAAGGUAAAUUUCUGUCGAGUACAGCAGAGAUUUAUUUUUCUAAAAGUGUUUGCAGGAUUUUUCUUACCUCAGAUUAAGUUAUUUAUAUAUUGUUGAUUGAAAGUUUUUAAUUGCCUUUAAACUUUUAUUUUUCUGGUUAAUUUUUUUGGUGACACUUGGUAUAUUUAACAUGCUAUUUAUGUACUCCCAUCUAUUUUCAUAUAAAUCACUUAUCAAGACUGUUGAUUGAAACAAUCAGAACACUUAUAAAUUAAAAUUCUGAUAUGUACUUUUA